CAUCACUCUAUUUUGCUGUUCAGUGCCACCAUGUCGGACUUUGAAUAUCACGGAGGCCAUCCGGAAGAAGAAGAUGAGGAUCAGUCAGAAGGAGAACGGCCAAAAUACAAGCCGGUCACACAGAUCGCGGCCCCUAAAAUCCCUGAAGGGGAGAGGGUUGACUUUGAUGAUAUCCAUCGGAAAAGGAUGGAGAAAGAUCUCCUUGAGUUGCAGACUCUGAUUGAUGUGCAUUUUGAGCAGAGGAAGAAAGAGGAGCAGGAGCUAAUUGGACUCAAAGAAAGGAUUGAAAGACGUCGUGCAGAAAGGGCUGAGCAGCAGCGUGUGAGGGCUGAAAAAGAGCGUUACAGACAGACGCGGAUUGCAGAGGAAAAACAGAGGAAAGAAGACGAGGAGGCAAAGAAGAGGGCAGAGGAUGAGGCCAAGAAGAAGAAAGUGCUCUCCAACAUGGGGGCUCACUUUGGAGGGUUCCUGGCCAAGGUAGAGCAGAGGCGUGGCAAAAGGCAAACAGCGAGGGAAAUCAAGAAGAAGACUUUGGCAGACAGACGCAAGCCCCUGGCUAUUGAGUCGCUGAGAGAGGACGGCCUGAGAGAAAGAGCCAAGGAGAUGUGGGAAUGUAUCUACCAGUUGGAGUCAGAGAAGUUUGACCUGAAUGAGAAGAUGAAGAGGCAGAAGUAUGAGGUCAACGUCCUCCUGAACAGAAUCCAGCAUGCUCAGAAAUUCAAAAAGGUCCAC